AUGACCACCUACUGCAAAGACCUGGGCCCCUCCUCGGCCCCGCCCGGCCAGGCCCGGGCCACCGCGCAUCCCCCGGGCUAUGAGCAUAGUGAUCUGGGCGCAGUGGGCGGGGGCCCGCGCUUGUGGGUGAAUGCGCCAGCGCUCAGAUCCAAGUCCUACGCUUCAGGUCCCGGGCCCGUGCCGCCCUACGCGGCCCCCGGCUACGGGGCUCCCGGCCCGCUCCUUGGCGCCCCGGGUGGCCUGGCGGGCGCCGACCUGUCCUGGCUGAGCCUCUCCGGCCAGCAGGAGCUGCUGAGGCUGGUGCGGCCGCCCUAUUCCUACUCGGCGCUCAUCGCCAUGGCCAUCCAGAGCGCGCCCCUGCGGAGGCUGACUCUCAGCCAGAUCUACCAGUACGUGGCUGGCAACUUCCCUUUCUACAAGCGCAGCAAGGCGGGCUGGCAGAACUCCAUCCGCCACAACCUGUCGCUCAACGACUGCUUCAAGAAGGUGCCCCGCGACGAGGACGACCCAGGUAAAGGCAAUUACUGGACCCUGGACCCCAACUGCGAGAAGAUGUUUGACAACGGGAACUUCCGAAGGAAGAGGAAGAGGAGAGCUGAAGCCAGCGCGGGCUCGCCCUCGGGAGCCAGGAGCGAGGGAGGGGCCGAGGCGCCCGCGCUGGAGCCCCCGGGCGCGGCUUGCCCGGACCUGCAGGCUUCGCCCUCUCCAUCCUCACCCGAGGCCGCCACCUGCUUCUCUGGUUUCGCCUCCGCUAUGAACGCAUUGGCGGGCGGCCUUGGCACCUUCCCCGGGGGCCUGGCGGGCGACUUUUCUUUCGGGAGGCCGCCUCCGACGGUGGCCGUCCACGCUUCCCAGACCCUUAGCCGCUCGCCUGACUUCGCCCCUGGCCACCAGACCGCGGCCACUGGCUUCCGCGUCAGUCACCUCCUCUACAGCCGGGAAGGGACCGAAGUUUGAAGGGACGCUGGAGGCUAGCCGGGUGCGGUGUCCAAAGGUGCUGAGCUCAGGCCUCCGGUUUCCCCUGGUGACAGCCCCACGUGUUGGCGCCGAAGGCCUGGGUGCCCUGGGAGGACGCGCAGAGCCGGGGGCGGCUUGGCUAGCAGGGAGCUGGGCUGAGCAGCUCUUGGGCCUCGGGGUGGGUGGCCGUCUGCUGUGCACCCCUCAGCCAGGCGACCUUCAGAGCUUCCCUGCUCUGCCUCUAAGUCGAUCCCUCCUGGGCCUCCAGAACCUGUGCUCUUCAGGGAUUUGCCUUGAAGGGGCGGCGCGGUUGGCGCUCAGCUCCAGCAUUUCCCAAGCAGGCUGGCUGACUCCAAAGAGCCUUAGAGCAGGUGGGAGGAAAGUGGGCUGCCAGAACGGCCCGGGGGUGGGGGCCCUUUCCACCUCCACCCAGCUUGGGUCACCUGGCUCAGGGCCUUCCCUCCUGCUUCAGGGAGGCUGCUGCCGGGGCUGGAGGACAGAGCUCAGGAGCAGCCACAGUGGUGGGGUCCAGGUGGGCCAGGAGCCUGCAGUGAGGGGAUCUGAGACUUUUGGGAUUGGGUCCUGUGUAAGGAAGGUCUUGCUAAGGGCUGAAACUGCCGGUGGUGGGAGGGAGAAGGGCUGCCUGGGCAGAAAACGCCCUUGAGAUACCAGCUCCCUCCCAUGUCACACAGCUCUGGUCCUUGAUGACCCCCCUGUAGGACAAGGCAACUCCCCAGGGCCCCGUCAUCACUGACCACAGGAGCGGUGCCCAGCACCCAGGAGUUCCCCGAGGGUCUAGGUUUGUUUCACCCCAUCCACACUCAUGCUCACACAGGCUCAUGAAAGGGCACACCUGUUUUGGUCUCUUUCCCCUCCAAACCCACAGUAUGGGCCAAAGCUGCGCCUAUGUUCAGAGCUCCUGAACAGCAGCUUGUGUAAAUUGAACCCUACCCCACCCGGUUCCUUCUUAGACAUGGUAUCUUUGUGAAGCACAAGGAGCCCCCAGUCACUGGGAAGAGGAAUUUUGGCCUCUGUACUCCUCAGAAGUCCUAGGUGCCCCAUUCAGAUGCCCUGAGUCGUUGUGGCAUCUGGGACUCCCUGGAGAUGGGCACGUUGGUCGGGGGGUAUCCAUCUUGUUGUUGAUAGGGGGCACCCAUCUUCCCUGUAUUUUGGGGGAGGAUGGAAGGGGGCCUUCCCAGGAAGAGAGUGGAGAGAGGAUACUGUUAGUUUGGAGUAGGACAGCUGGUUUAGCAACCCUAAGCCCCAGCCACACAGGUGUUCCUAAGACACAGGUAUUCCUAAGACACAGGUAUUCCUAAGACACAGGUAUUCCUAAGACACAGGUGUUCCUAAGACACAGGUGUUCCUAAGCUGCCCGCAGCGCCCCUCACUGCUGCUGCCACCAGUGCUGGAAAUGAGAGCAGCGCACCUGUCUGUCCCUAGAGCUGACUCAUCAUGGCCCUGCUGAAGAGUGAGGGGUGUGUGCGUGUGUGUGUGUGUGUGUGUGUGUUUAAGACAGAGAGGGAGGGAGAAGAAGGGAGGCAGGGGAACAUGGAGAGAAGGAGCCAGGAGUUGGGAUAAACCUGGUGCCUGGUCAUGUGUUUGAUCAGCAGUGGCUCUUAACUCCGUGUGGCAUCUAUGCUGCUGCCCCCCACAGGCAGGUGAGCAGAGCGCCAGUUGUGUCAAAGGUGAUGAUGUUGGCUAACCAAACUCACAACCAACCCACAAUCUCUCUUGAGGGGACACUCCCCAUAUGUAAUACAGUUAAAGAAGGCCAGGAAAGGAAAAGAAAUUCCUUAGCUUAUACAUUUUAAAAAUUAUAUCUUGAACUUAUUUUAAUAGAAUAAAAUGCUAAAAAUAAAGAUCAAUAUA